GUCGGGCACGGCAGCAUUAUGAAAGCUGAACAUGUUCUCUGCCAGGAAGUUGUCUGGAGUUUGCAGAGCCGUCAGAUUCCAUCAUUUCAGAUCCCAUUCUGUAUCGAGAAUCUCUCCAAACUUGGCUUUCGUGCCAGCCUGUCUUCCCCCAGAUCCCGUGGAAGUAGAGGAGCUGCAGCACUUUGUUUCUAACUCCAAGAGGCUGUUUGUAAUGACUGGAGCUGGAAUCUCAACUGAAUCGGGGAUCCCAGAUUACCGCUCUGAAGGUGUUGGGCUCUACGCCAGGACAGACAGACGGCCCAUCCAGCAUGCUGAGUUCGUUCGUAGUGCCAGUGCCCGGCAGCGGUACUGGGCAAGGAACUUUGUCGGGUGGCCCCAGUUCUCCUCCCACCAGCCAAACACAGCACACCUGGUACUAAGAGACUGGGAGAAGCUGGGGAAGCUGCACUGGCUGGUGACCCAGAAUGUGGAUGCCCUUCACACCAAAGCUGGGAGCCAGCGCAUGACAGAAUUGCACGGCUGCACGCACAGGGUUUUCUGCCUGGCCUGUGGAGACCAAAUCUUGCGCUCUGAGCUUCAGGAGCGCUUUGAAGCUCUGAAUCCUACCUGGAAAGCUGAAGCGUUUGGUGUGGCUCCAGAUGGGGAUGUCUUCCUGACAGAUGAGCAGGUGCGUAAUUUCCAAGUCCCAGCCUGCAGUAAAUGUGGCGGAAUCCUGAAGCCCGACGUGACAUUCUUUGGAGACACGGUGAGCCGGGAAAAAGUGAAUUUUGUGCACCAACGCCUGGCAGAAUCAGACUCCAUGCUGGUGGCAGGAUCCUCUAUGCAGGUAUACUCUGGUUACAGGUUUGCUCUUGCUGCCUGGGAGAAGCAGCUACCAAUUGCGAUCCUUAACAUUGGGCCUACAAGGUUAGAUCACUUUGCAUCCUUAAAACUGAAUUCCCGCUGUGGAGAGCUGCUGCCUUUGAUUGUUGUAUGACCCAACAAGAUGAGCUUCAGUAGCUAUCAGGAGUAAACUUAUUUCUACAAGGACUCGUCAUCUCAAAAGGGGAAAACCUCAAUCUAAGAGGCAGCUGUGAGAUCCAAUGCAUGGCCCCUGAUGACACCAGGAGAGGGCAGCAAGCCUCACACAUGUCGACCUGACCAGUUCUCUCCAUUGAAACCAUCUCCACUUACCAGGAAACAGGGUGAUGAUGAAAAAAGUACUUUUCUGCCUUACCUUGCCAUUGUAAACAGUCCCUUUUCUUUUCUGGGACAGGAUAAU